ACACUCUAUUUACAACACGAUAUCAGCACGAUAGACUCCAAAACCCAGAGACAAAAUCUAACCUAAAAUCCGUCACACAUAAACCCUAAAUCAGGCGCAACUUAAAAUCGAUUUAUCUCUCAAACCAUGAGGAACCAGAAGACGAGCCACAUAUCAAAUUGAAAGUCUUGACGAUUCGAAUCCAUCAGCGCAAACCGUUCGUCGAUCCGAUCUCAGACGCGCCCACACUCGCAGAAACAAUACUCGGCGCCGUCUUGGUCUUUUGGAACCCUAAUCCCGAAGAACCCUAAAUUGUUCUUGCUUACAUUCCGGCUUGCAAACUCCGAUCAAGCUCAACUCCGAUCAAACUCAGCUUCAGACAUUCCCUGUCUGUGAUCAACGUCCUCAAGCCUCAGCUCAGCUUGCGUCCAGCUCAGACCAAAUCCCCGACCAGACGCAAUCGUCCGCGAGAAGAAACAAGCUCGCGAUAGCCCUCGGCAACGCGACCCGACAGGAGCUGUCCCGCGUACGUUCGUCUCAGCUCGUCUCUGAUCUUGGAGGUCCGGUUUCUACAAUCUGCAAAACAAAGAUGUCGAAAAUCUCAAACAGAGACUAUGCAGCCCUUAAUCUCUCCGGAGAUAACUACAUGCAGUGGGCGCUAGAUACAAAGAUCAGUCUAAGGUCAAAGGGACUUGGUGAUACUAUCAUCAAGAGCAACAAUGAAACCGAUAAGAAUCGGUACAUGGCUAUAGGUAUUAUACGCCAUCACCUCAUUGAAGGUCUAAAAGAUCAGUACAUCACGAUGGAAAAUUCACUAGAACUUUGGGAUGCUUUACAGCAUAGAUAUGAUCACCAGAAAACGGUGUUACUUCCAAAGGCUAGAAACGACUGGAAGAAUCUUAGAUUCUUGGAUUAUAAGUCGGUGGAUGAGUACAAUUCAGUCUUAUUUAAGACGGUCUCGAUGCUGAGACUUUGUGGUGAAGUAGUAACCGAAGAAGACUUACUUGAGAAGACUUACUCUACAUUCCAUUCAUCGAAUGUGAUACUGCAACAGCAGUACAAAAUGAAAGGCUUCGCCACAUAUACUGAUCUGAUCUCGUGCCUGCUUCUAGCCGAGGCAAACAAUAAGCUCCUGAUGAAGAAUAGUGAAGCUAGACCUGUUGGAACUGCACCAUUACCGGAAGCUAAUGAGAUUGAAAAGAAAGAACCCAACGAGUGCAAUUACGUCCAAAACAAUAAGAUAUCACACAGCAAUGGCCGUUGUGGUUACAAGGGGCGUGGCAGUGACAAUUACUCGAACAGCCGAGACAACUACUCGACCAGCCGGAAAGGAAACCACAAUAACCGUGGUCGUGGUUCCAAUUAUGGCCGUGGCCGAGGUAGUUAUGGCCGUGGUCGAGGCGGCAUAUCCAAACCGUCUUACUCGACCAAAUCCGUUUGUCACAGAUGUGGAAUGGGAAACCAUUGGGCCAAGAACUGUAGAACCCCUAAGCACUUAUGUGAGCUCUACCAAGAAAGUCUGAAGAACAAGAACCUGGAGGCUCACAUGGUUCACGAUUCCGGAUAUGAGGCCGAUAAUGAUUCCGACAUUGCUAAAGAUGACCAGAUGGACUUUGAGACUUCUGAUUGUCUCAAUGACUAAAUUUCGAUACGACUUGUCUUAUUGCUUUAUGAUUUGCUUUGAUGUGUCACGAUUUUAUAUAUAUAUAAUAAGAAUUGAUUUUGAAUUCAUUAUCUUGCCUGAUCUUACUUGAACAUAUAAAUGAUUUUAAAGAGUUGCCUAAAGGGCAUAAAACCAAGUAAGAAAUCAUGAAUGGGUAUAGUAAGCAUAGUAAAUAAACUAUGGCUAAGGCAUUGCCUUAAAAGGCAUUAUACACACCCAAAAGAACAUGUGACCCAUUGAAGUUAUAAUGUAUGGUUUCCAAGUAGAAACAAUGGGUAAGGAAGGAAACGAGUUCCUUUAGACUUUAAGAAAAAUAAAACGCCUAAGACCUUAUAAGUGGUCGAGACUAUACCUAUGAUCUCUACUGAUUUAAAACUAUGCUAUAAGAUCAGUAUUAUAAGAGGCAAGAGAAGUGGUGACUAUACUGAUAUAUCCCACGAAAUUUUACACUAUAUGGCAUGAUAAGAUUAGCCAUCCUAAAGUCUAAACCUGAUGCAAAGAUUGAAAAGGCACGGAGUUAUUCCGUAAAAGAUCUCACGUUCCAAGCACCACGACCUUAUAGUAUGGUCAUGAGGGGGAGAGAGGAUAAACCCAUGAUCAAUACUACAAGUUCGUGUACCACUAUGGUCUAAGACCAUGUUAUAUGGCUCGGUCAUUACUCGGCCAUAAAGGACCAUUCCUCGGCCGUAGAGGCCAUGAUACAAACGGCCAAACCGAAGAGGCCAUUACUCGGCCGAAGAGACCAUGUUAUGAUCGGCUGCAAAGACCAUCACCUAUACACGGCUUGGCCACGACUUGUAUACGCAUAGUGCAGGCUUGGCCGCACACAAGCCAUUACCUAUAAAAGGUUCGGCCAUGUAAGCCAUUAUCUAUAAGACUAAGAUUCUAAAGUCUAUAAGCUUGGAGACAUUAUGUUUUACAUGUAUAGAAUGAUAAUAUGAUCAUAUGCAUCAGGCCAUAUAAGUGAGCAUAGAUAUUCCCAUCUCAGAUUGAAUACGGGUCAUAAACCAGACAUACACCAUCUUAAGAGAUUUUGAAUAAACCACCACAUACAUACAUGUGCCGUCUAAGAUGGAACCUCAGAAGAAGAUUGGGAAUAUAUAAGAAUAAGAUCUUCUCCACGAAAUAAAAAGGACCGAGAGCCAAAAUAUGGGUGAUCAAAUAGUGGCCAGGUACGGAUUGCAUGAAACAAAUGAAUCCGAAUAUUAAAG